AUGAACAUAAAUACUUUUAAUGACGGAAAUUUCCGAGCACUUUUACGCUUUCGUGUAGAUUCUGGUGACACUAUUCUAGAAGAACAUUUGAAAAAUGGUCCAAAAAAUUCGUUGUAUACUAGUCCUGGAAUUCAAAAUGAGAUUAUUUCGAUUUGUGGUGAUAUCGUUAAGUCAAAAAUAAUCCAAAGAGUUAAUGCUGCCGAGUGCUUUUCUGUGUUAGCAGACGAAACUACAGACAUUGGAAGAAUUGAGCAAAUGUCGGUAUGCUUGCGUUAUUUUGAUCAAGGCGAAAAAAAAAUUUGUGAAGACUUUUUAGAAUUUACACCUGCUGUUGAUCUUACUGGAAAAGGACUUGCAACUUUAAUAAUGAGUAGUUUGCAAAAUAACGGCAUUAACUGCCAGUUUCUAGUUGGUCAAGGCUACGACGGUGCCUCGGCAAUGAGUGGUUAUUUACAUGGUGCUCAUAUACCAUUGGUCGUACAAUUAGAAUUUAAGAAGAAAUCAGAAGUCAGUGAUAUCUUAGAUUCGAGCAAAGAUCAAAUGAAGAAUUAUUUGCAAGGGGCCCUAAUUAACCUUCAAAAGCAAGCACAAAAAGUGAUGAAGUAUUCUAAUAAUAACUUUACAGAACUUCAAUUAGGAACUACUGCAAGAGUGCCUAACCUGACGUGGAUAAAGUAUGGAGUAUGGUAUGCUAUGGUUCACUAG